AUGCUUGUCGUUAUGCGCGGCGCUCGUCCCGCAGGUGGCAAGAAGGGAGCAGUGCGGUCGUGGGGAUUCACGGAGACGGAGCUACUGAGCGCGCAGGCCGGCGGCGAGGGGGACGGCGAGCUGGACGGCAAGGAGAGAGACGGCAUCGUGACGCGGCGGCUGCUCAUUGGUGCCGGCCUCGCUGUGCUCGCACUUCCUGUCGCUCUGUACGACAUUCCGCUCACAGUGGCCCCUCCCACCAAGCCUCUCUUCUUCUACGUCGUGCCACUUGUCCGCCUGCAAUUGGCUCUCCAGGCCAUCGUUUCACAAGCAGACUCGCUUGGUCAGUACUUGCUACCAGUGUGGAGGUGGGAGCUUGCUGUGCAGUGGGGGGUGCUUGUUGCGUUGUGGGGAGGGGAGUGGGGGCCGCUUGUUGCAUUGGAAGGGGAGCGCUUGUUGCUGUCCUCAUCCUUGAGCCUCCUUCUCAGCCAUCUUAUGCAGCGUUGGGACUCACUGCCCAUGCAACAAUAUGUGCCUAUCUCCUCGUGUGUGUCUCCCUGCUUGUGUGUGCCUCUCCUCAUCGGUGCAUCGGUGCCAGAUGUUGUGUCUCUGCGCUCGCAGCUGCGCUUUGCAGUGGGCACUGUCGACACCGUCAGGGAAAAUCUUGUUAGGUACGCAACUGUAGAGUAG